AUGGCUGCUGAAAGAGCGGUGGAGCCACUAAUUGAUUUGGUCAAACAUGCGGUGCUGGCAGCAGUGAGAGAGGAGCUGGCUGCACACAAGGAGGAGGUGGAUGAGUUGCGGCACAUGUUGGCAGCGGUGAAUGGGGAGUUGGAAGAGGUUAAGGGGGAGUUGGCAGUGGUUAAGGGGGGGUUGGCAGUGGUUAAGGGUGAGUUGGCAGCGGUUAAGAGGGAGAUGGCGGAUCACGAGGACGCUACGGCAGAGAAAUUGGCUGAGAGUAGUAGGGCAUCAGGUGUAUGGGGGUUGAUAGGGAAUGGUAGAAAGAGAAGGCAAGAAACGACAGCCAAGUGUUUCUGGGAGGAGGAGAGGAGGAGGGAUGCGCAAGAGUUGCAUUGGCCACGUGUCAUGGAGGAAUUGGCAGCCUGCAAGGAGUGGCGGCGGAUACACGAUCUGAAGUUGAAUCUUGAGCUCGAAAUUGGGCAAAGUGAAGGUGACCAGAAGAAUGCAUGGCUGGCAAUCCAAUCAGCAUCACAGAAGCCGAAUCUGGACCUAAAAAACCUCCACCUCUCAGACGCCAUGCUCGCCCACGUGUCCACAAUGACACAUCUGAAGAGCAUUGACUUGCAUACUGCCACAGGUUUCAGUGCAGAGGGCAUGAAGCACCUCUAUAAGCUGCCGCAACUGGAGAAGCUACUUUGCAACCGCACAGACGUAUCAGAUAGUUCCUUGGAAGGCAUUGUGUCGUUGACCAGUCUCGCACACCUCAAUCUCUGGGGGACCAAGGUGACCGAUGCUGGGCUGGCACACUUGACAGGUCUCCCCUCUCUCAAGGUUCUAGUGCUUGCUGGUUGCAAGGGUGUGACAAGUGCUGGCAUGGUGGAUGUGGUGAGACUGACAGGGCUUGAAACACUUGCUCUGAUUGACACGGCAGUCACGGAUGAUGGGCUGCACCAGCUGACUGCUCUGACCAACCUGACGACUCUCCUGCCGCCAGAAGGGGGUUAUCUCACUUAUAAUAGUGUACGCAGGCGGAUAGGCAGGUAG